GUGUAACUGCGCGCUUUAAUUGAUUGACUUUUGACCGGUUGGCGUUUUACAAUUCCGAGUUAAAGAAUGCACAAGGACAGGCAGGUAGGUUUUUUGUUCACUUUUAAAAGGGAUUUAAAUAUUUAAACCGACGCUAAAAUACCCCUCAGAGUCGACCAUGGCAGGGAAAACAAACGCUGGCCUUUCUGACAACCGGAAUAAAGAGACAAUAGAACUGAACGGAUCUGCGACACCUGGAAUAUUCACCAUUUCCCAAACAGGUCUCAUCAGUUUCCCAGAACACAUUGAGAUACUCCCCAGAGCCACAAUGCCUCCAGACCAGGAACCACAACCCCCGGACGAAGAAAACCGUUCUUUGGAAAAUGGGGAAAUCCAGACUGUACAGACACAAUACAGCUCAAUCUCUCCGCCGGAGUCCCCCGAAUCAGCAGAUGAGCCGUUCUCGACCUACUUUGAAGAGAAGGUUCCCAUUCCGGAAGAUUCCAAGCCUGGGUUCAGCUUUCGCAAGCUAUGGGCGUUCACUGGACCCGGGUUUCUUAUGAGCAUCGCCUACCUGGACCCAGGAAACAUUGAGUCUGACCUGCAGUCUGGAGCUAAGGCCGGCUUCAAGCUUCUCUGGGUCCUGAUGUCUGCCACGAUCCUCGGUCUGCUGUUGCAAAGGCUGGCAGCGCGCUUGGGGGUGGUGACUGGGAUGCACUUGGCUGAAGUGUGCCAUCGCCAGUAUCCCGCAGUGCCUCGUAUUGUCCUGUGGCUGAUGGUAGAGCUGGCUAUCAUUGGGUCAGACAUGCAGGAGGUCAUCGGCUGUGCCAUCGCCUUCAACCUGCUCUCCGCUGGAAGGAUUCCUCUGUGGGGUGGAGUUCUCAUCACCAUCGUCGACACCUUUGUGUUCCUCUUCCUUGAUAAAUAUGGUUUGAGGAAACUGGAAGCCUUCUUUGGGUUCCUAAUCACGAUCAUGGCCAUCACAUUCGGAUACGAGUACGUGAUGGUGAAGCCGGACCAGGGGGAGCUGUUGAAGGGCAUGUUCCUCCCAUACUGCCAGGGCUGCGGAGCCCCACAGUUGGAGCAGGCUGUAGGUAUCGUGGGCGCAGUCAUCAUGCCACACAACAUCUACCUGCACUCCGCUCUGGUCAAGUCGAGGCAGAUCGAUCGCUCCAAUAAGAGUGAAGUAAAGGAAGCCAACAAGUAUUUCUUCAUCGAGUCGUGCGUGGCGCUCUUCAUCUCCUUCCUCAUCAACGUCUUCGUCGUGGCCGUCUUUGCGGAGGCGUUCUACGGGAGGACCAACGAGGAAGUGCAUGACGUCUGCACCAACAGCAGCAGCCCUUACUCCAACCUCUUCCCUCUCAACAACCAAACACUGGAGGUGGACAUCUACAAAGGGGGCGUGGUGCUGGGGUGUUUCUUUGGCCCGGCAGCCCUCUAUAUCUGGGCAGUGGGGAUCCUGGCAGCUGGGCAGAGCUCCACCAUGACCGGUACCUACUCCGGACAGUUCGUCAUGGAGGGCUUCCUGAACCUCAAGUGGUCUCGCUUCGCCCGGGUCUUCCUCACUCGCUCCAUCGCUAUCAUCCCCACUCUGCUGGUCGCCGUGUUUCAGGACGUGCAGACCCUGACCGGCAUGAACGACUUCCUCAACGUGCUGCAGAGCAUGCAGCUCCCCUUUGCCCUGAUCCCAAUCCUCACCUUCACCAGUCUCAACUCCAUCAUGAACGACUUCGCCAACGGGCUGCUGUGGAAGAUCGGUGGUGGGGUAGUGAUCCUGAUGGUGUGCUGCAUCAACAUGUAUUUCGUGGUGGUGUACGUGACGAGUCUGGGGAGCGUGGUUCUCUACGUGAUGGCUGCACUCCUGUCCGUAGCCUACCUGGGCUUCGUAGGGUAUCUGGCGUGGCAAUGUUUGAUUGCUCUGGGGGUCUCGUGCCUGGAUAUCGGAAGCAGGUAUCGUCUGGGACUAACAGGGCACUCUGACCUCUACCUGCUGAACGAUGUGGACAGCAGCAUGUGUGUGGAAAGAUAGCAGGGCUGGAGGACCAGUGCUGGGUGAGAUGGAGCUCCCCUCUCCCCCCCCCCAAAAAAAUAAUAACUCUCCUGUUUCUCUUAUAGAGAUGCACUUCUUCAUAACCCCUAAAAUUACAGGGACGCUCAGCCAGUUGUGGACAAUUAUUUUUUUAUUAUAAUAUUUUUUUUAAAUAUCAGAAUUGUCUUGUCCUUCACCAAAAGCCCUUUCUCAACCUGCUCCUCCUUCUUCAUGCCCCUGUCUUGAUAGACAUCAUAACCGUACACCUUUGUGUACAUAAAUGUACGUCCAUUUACACUGUGAGGAAAACUUGGUUAGCCUGUUCUUUAAAGACUUGAA